CGCAGCGGAAGAGGCCCGCCCUGGCCCUCAACUCGCUAUGUCCGCGAAUAAUAUGUCGGACCCACGGAGACCGAACAAAGUGCUAAGGUACAAGCCCCCGCCGAGCGAGUGUAACCCGGCUUUGGACGACCCGACGCCAGACUACAUGAACCUGUUGGGCAUGAUCUUCAGCAUGUGCGGCCUCAUGCUUAAGCUGAAGUGGUGUGCUUGGGUCGCUGUCUACUGCUCCUUCAUCAGCUUUGCCAACUCCCGGAGCUCAGAGGACACGAAGCAGAUGAUGAGUAGCUUCAUGUUGUCCAUUUCUGCCGUGGUGAUGUCCUAUCUACAGAAUCCGCAGCCCAUGACACCUCCCUGGUGAUGUCAGCCUAGAGGGGUCACAUCCUGGACCUGCUCUAUCCACCUUCCCCCAGGCCUGGUCUUUGGUGGCUCAGCCUCCUGCCCUCAGCUGCUGUCCUGGACUUCCCUGAAUGAGGUGGUCACAGAGCCUCCAGCUAGAUGGAAGGAAAAUGGCCCUUUCCCUGGGGUCUGAUUUCUGGUGGGGCAUAGAGAGGAAUACCCUACCCUGCUGCCCUGCCUCUCCCUCCCUCCCCAUCUGCUGCUGGGGGAGAUGGUGUCCAUGUUUUUAGGUGUGUUCAUUUGUUUUCUUGUUGAAAUGUGUUAAUAAUAAGGUUUUCCACUCUGGC